GGCACAGCGCACAGCUGAUCCAAGCAGCCAACAACCAUUGCUCUGCGUUUGUCAUACAUGUUUUGUCUGGCGUUAGUUAAAUUAAUUUAAUAGCAAUUAUUCUGCAAGCUUCGAGCGACUAUAAGAUUUAUUUGACGUAUCAACAUGGGUAACUGUUGCGGACUCUGUUCCAAAGAAUCAUCGUCGUAUGAAGAUCUCACGCCAGACCGGGAGACUAUACGCAGGAGACAAGCAGAGGCUGCUGAGAGAAGAAUAGCUGAGCAGCAACAAAGGGGUAUAAAAGAUAUAGAAUCUGUUAAAAGACAACAGCGACGAGCAAUGGAACUUGAAAAACGGGAACAAGAAGCUGCUAGUAGUGCGCAACCAACUUUAAAGUGGCAGGUAAACUAACCUAAGAAGAGAUAUGAGUGUUGUGCAAUAGAAAUGGGCUGUAUAUUGAUUUUCACAAGGUAUUAAAUAUUUCGUAUAAUAUUUUGUCGACCAAAAAAAGAGACAAAUGUCACUAACACUAUUGAUAUAAUCACACAAGUGCAAUCUUAUUUUAUACUAUUUAAUAGAAUUAAGUUAUGAAGAUAAGCUAGAUUUUGGAUAUUAAUUCAAUGAAAGAAUUAGCUGUGAAACUAUAUAUAUAUAUA